AACUAUUUAAUUGGAUUUUAACACAUAAAAUGUUUUAUUUAUGCAAUAGAAUUAGACCAUCUAUUUUUUUAAAAAAGCAUUUUUUUUUUUUUUUUGGCAAAUGCAUAAUUGCACUGGAUUCAUUUUCUUCAUAGGAACCUUGUAUUAAAUCUUCCGCAAAGUCAUUAUCCCAUAAUGUAUUUUCAUAUGCAGUAUUUGUUCAUAAUACUGCUGCUUAGGGCAUAGUUUACAGAGUGAGACAGCUAGGUUAUGGCCAGGAUAUAUAUUUUUUUUUAUUUUUUUGGCCAGGGUAUAUUUAUUAAAUCAAGAGAUUUCUGCUCAGAUUUUGUCGGCUUGUCUUUGGAGACAGAGAACAACAGGAAAGGAAUUCGUGGAAUGGAAAGGUACUGCAGGAAGCGACAGAGUGGCAGGAAAACAGGAAGGCUAUUUACGGUACCCUCUAAAAGUGGGCUACGUAUUUAUCCUCUCCUCUUCGGGGGGCACCUCUUUAACGAGUGAAUAUAAUGGGGCGGAAUUGAGGAGUUUUGAUUGCAGGCAGAGACAGAGUACUUGAGAUGAUUAAAAACUGUCUUGUUUCCCAGUGAUUUGUUCAAGCCAUUGCGGCAAAAUCUUCAGCUCUGGGUCCUACGUCGCUUGGUUUCAAGGAAGCCCCUGAAUUAAAUUUACAACUCAGGUGAAUUAAGGGCUAAGCAGAUGUACUGAAGUCCCUCGCGGACCAUUUUUGAAUACAUUACUCAUGAAAACAUAGACCAACAUCUGUUACAGGAGGAAAAGGGAGAUUCCGUUCUCUGGCUCGCCUGUCUGGCACUGACGCGGGUAUUUCCUCAAAAGCCCAAGUAUCCAACGUUUCCUCCCAGCACUAGGGCUAGGUCCACCUGCAACCAGUUUUCCAGGCAGCUGCCACCGCUUUCUUCCCUUCUUCGUGCUUUGUCGAUCAUGGCUUUAAGGAAAAACGAUUUCACGUGUGGAGUAAUGGUUGCGAUGACCCUGGCGCUGCGCCGGAGAGGCAGCCAACUACUCGCAUUCCGAGAACACCAACCCGCAGUCGGUAGACGGAGGCGGCGGCUCGAGAAAAACCGAAGGCAGAGGGGGCGGCAGGGAGGGUGAAGCGAAGCUGCCAAAUGGGCGGUGCAUUCUGGGAGUUGUAGUGUCCGCGGGGCGGCCUCCUUUAGCCUCCACCGGGCUCUGCACUCCAUCUCCCAGCCGGCCCCGCGCCGCGGAGGAGACGAACGGUGGGCGUGCUCGCUGCUGGGCUGCUGCUGGGGGAGGGGACUGGGGUCGAGAAGCUGCAGCGGCCGCCUUCGGGAGACGUUAGGCACCGUCCGCGCCGGCUGAGGGAUUCCCCCUCCCCCCACUCCUCUCGAACCACUCCCCGGGCGGGUGACGACGAGGGUCGUGUGUCCGCCGCGCGUCCCCGUGCUCACCCUCUCUCCUGUCCCUGGGCGCGCGGCGUCCGCCAUGGAAGCACAUCCGGCGGUCGCCGGAGUCUCCGGGCGCCGCGUCCUCGGCUCUCCCGAGCGAUGAGAGGCUAGAGGCGCCUCUCCGCGCGCUCCGCGGGCCGGGGAGCGAAGGAGGGUCCGCCGGGCGGGCCGGCCGCUGUGCCCGCCCCCGCGCCGCCCCGCCCCGCCCCCUGGGGGCGCUGCCGAGGGGCGUCCGCCGCCCAUGCCGCCCCGGCGCUCCGCCGCCCCCGGCGCCCGCCGCUGAAGCCCAGCACGCGCCGCCAGCCCGCCCGCGCCCGCCGCCCCGCAGCCCGCCUCCGACCGCCGUCCUCUCCCCAAGAUGUGGCACAACGUCGGGCUGACCCUGCUGGUGUUCGUGGUCACGCUGCUGAUCGUCCUGCUGCUGAUGGUGUGCGGUUGGUAUUUUGUAUGGCAUCUUUUUCUAUCGAAGUUCAAGUUUCUGCGGGAACUGGUGGGAGACACAGGAUCUCAGGAGGGAGAUCAUGAGCCAUCAGGCUCUGAAACAGAAGAAGACACUUUGUCAUCCUCACACAGGAUCAGAUCCGCUCGCCAAAGGAGGGCACCUGCUGAUGAAGGCCACUGACCCCCAGCCCUCGUCUUGUACUAGUGAAUGAUGAAAGGCAGUGAGGAGCCUCUGUCUUUAAUGACUUGGCUUUGCAUUUUUUUUUACUUGGAUUUUAAGUCCAGUUGGAAAAAAAAAAAAAGAUUUAUAUGUAAGCCAUAUGAAAAUAAAGGGAAUUAAAA